CAUGUCAUUCAGAGGAAUCCACCACCUGAAACGCGAGGAAGUGAAGAAGGCGACUCAAUUGGGUAUAAAGCAUCAGAAGCGCACAUCUGCUACUCGCACUCCACAGCUCAUCAAAACAUCCGCGCAUGCAGACUAAGGACCUGUUAUUUGAUUUCUACUGGAUUUAUCCUUUGGCACAGUCCACUCAGUGCAUCUUCGGACACGCGGCUCUUUUUUUUUAAGUGAAUGACUCCUCAUACAGCUCUAUACUGGAAUUAACUCACAGUAACCCUGCGUUUGGCGCACCUGUUACCUCCACGGAGCGCCGGACCGUCAUGAUUCCUCCUGGAGACUGCAUGUAUGCGGGCAGAAAGAGGAGGAAGCCCAUCCAAAAGCAGAAGCCGUCCUCUGCCAAUGAGAAGACCAAUCCGUCGAAGAGGCACCGGGACCGGCUGAACGCGGAGCUGGACAGGCUGGCCAACCUGCUCCCCUUCCCCCCAGACGUCAUCUCCAAACUGGACAAACUCUCCGUGCUGCGCCUGGCUGUGUCCUACCUCCGCGUCAAGAGCUUCUUCCAAGCAAACCAAGACAAGAGCUCCAGAAAGCACGCCAUCCACUCCAACCAUGAACCCAGGAAAGACAGCUCUCCCAUGGGCUCCACUGUCAACGAGAGCAGCCUCCUCCUGGAAUCUCUCACCGGGUUUGCUCUGGUGGUGAGCAGUGAUGGGAUGGUCUUCUACGCCUCAUCAACCAUCGUCGACUAUCUGGGAUUUCAUCAGACUGAUGUGAUGCACCAGAAUGUUUUCGACUACAUCCACAUUGACGACAGACAGGAGUUCAGACGACAGCUGCACUGGGCCAUGUGUCCUCCAGCUCACCAGGGGGCGCAGUCAAACCAGGACAACCCACUGCCAACCGCCACUGGUGAGGAGUAUGUGGUGAGCAGCCUGUUCCACUCUCCUGAGGCGGGGGGCAUACCUGCAGAAAUGUCCCCUUUUCUCAACAGAUGUUUCAUAGCCAGGGUCCGAUGUCUUCUGGACAGCACCUCUGGCUUUUUGACCAUGCAGUUCCAGGGUCGUUUGAAGUUCCUCCAUGGACAGAAGAAGAAGUCAGGGUCCGGUGCUCUCUUGCCCCCUCAGCUGGCUCUGUUCUGCAUCGCGGUGCCUCUGCUGCUGCCCUCCAUCACCGAAAUGAAGAUGAAGAACAUGUUACUGAGGGGCAAGACCAAGGGAGGGGGCUUCUCUGGACUGGAGCAUGGUGAGCGCGGGGAGCAUCUCAGGAGACACCCAUACUCUGGCGGGAUGGGUGACAUUUCCGACCCCCUGCUUCUCUCCUGCCCCACCCCGGGACCUAACCAGCGCAGCCACCACACCCCUUGGACCCCCCUCUCCAAGGACAACCUCAAAUACCGCCCCGAUGGAUACUACAACCAGGAAGAGCCCCUAAACUACUGCAAAUCCUCCAUGGGUCAUCAUCAAAAAGGGGCGUGGCCUCUGAGAUCUACUGGCCCAAUCAGAGGAGGAGUUGGUUACAUCCCUCCAAAUCGCUUGAAGGGCAGCCAUUUUGGAAAACCGUACCGCUAUUCUCCCAGUUGCCAUAACAAUCGUGGUGGCGAAGUCUUCGUCACCAAGCUCUACGGCAACGUCCAAAUCCCGUCUGAUCCCGAUGCGUAUUGCGUGGAUUUAGUGAAAAGCGAAAACGGUUACGGCGAAUGCUACGAUGGUCACAUGAUGCCAGAGAUGCCGCCAAUCAAAGUCGAGCACGAUUCGGAUUCGGAAAACGGUUGCGAUGUCUACGGACGACCUUACGACAACUACGACCGUCGCUAUAACAACAGUGGGAUUUACGACCAUAGCAACCUCCAGCUCAAAUCUGAAGCCGACUAUUACGACCCGCAAUAUUCGCCGUGCCAGAGGUCGAAAGCGGGGAUCAGUCCACCGUAUAACCAUAACAACAACUACCAAAACUACGGCGUAAACAACCGCCUGACGAAAUGCAACAAGGAGAUGUCCGAUAGCCAUUUCAGCUCACACAGACUUCCCUAUAAUGACUCUCUAUGCAACAACCAGGCCGUUAACCUCAUGGACAAUCACGCCUACCAAUCAACUCAGGACAAUCACAAGCAGUACAUGGACUACAACAGCAAGCACAACAACACCUACGAGUUCAAAGGUCACGGUUUGAUUCACUCCAUCAAACGGGAGCCGAUGGAUUCGCCUCCUUGGUCCGAAAACGAGAUGACCCAGUCCAUGAUGGUGGGGCAGAGGAAUCACUUGCCUUGCGUAAUGAGUACAGGGCAACACAAGGGCGCCCCCUAUGUCUACAUGCCCUAAAGGAACUCAUAAAUGCAGUACCCUAUUCUUACACACAAAUGCAUUCAUCAGGCAAAAUGUUAUGACCACGACAACAGGGAAGUGAAGCUAGUGGACUCCGAGCAAGUUGUGUUUUUACGUGUUUGAAGUAGGAAAAAAAUUGGUAAGAAUUUGAAUUUUAAAUUGGCAAAUCGUGAUGUCGCUUCACAAGACGGCCCCGACUAUUUCAUUAUUUUUGAAAGCUUAAAUGUCUAGUCCAAUUAGCUACAAAUAAACGCUCAGACAGGAACCUUGUGCAACCUACCACAGCUGAAUGUCUGCAGCUUCUGACUCAAAGGUGGAAGAAAUCUCUCACUUAUUCCUGAAUUAUUCAAAGCUAACUUUUGAACUUGACUCAGCGGAAAUAUGUGCUGUUUCUCAGUCCUGUUUGAAAAUUGCCUAAGCCGCCAUGUUUGUUUGGAUUCUAGACGGACCACACGCUUUCAUGUUUGUGUUAUCCCUCAGUCGCCCAGUUAAAGUCCAUAGAAUAGUGGUCAUUUCUGUAGUCCUGGAGUGAUAGAGACAUAGAGAACAGAAAAAUAUUAUCAGCUGGCCAGACUAUCAAAACUGCAGACCUUAAAAUGAGCCGUUUCAUCAGUCUGGGCUGUUUGGGGCUGGAUAUUUUAACGGUGGUCAUGCUGUUUUGCCUGAUGUAAGUGUACGUAUGCAUUAUCGUGUUGUUAUUGUUGUCACACCAGCUUUAUCUAAGACAAUCAAGUCCAUUUUCUUCACUUUAUAGGAAGAGAAUAAGGCUCAGGUUCUCGUGUUUGUGUUGUGACAAUCUGAAAAAUACAAUCUAAUCCUGUUAUGGAUCGAUGAUGUUUUUAAAGAGUACAUUUUGUAGUUGUUUCCAAGCACUUUGGGGAUUUUAGUAUCAAUGAGGCAAAAUAAUGUCUAGAAACACGAUUCUGUUAUGUUACAUGUGUUGUGCACAUCUGGAUAUUUGAAGAAUUUGCUGUAAAAAUACUCGUUUGACAAUGUACACAAGAGGAGACCUAAAGCUGCAAUUAUAGGAGGGCCUGCUCCAAAUGUGGGCUCUGCGUCCACGAAGGUGUAAAAAUACAUGUUGUGGAUUUAAGGCCAAUUAAUUUCACUAUUCUUCCUUCACUUAUUCCUGUACAAUCAUUACAUAAAAUAAAACAUGUUUGCAGUUUUCAUCUUGGCAAUGCAAAAGGAUAACUGCAAGGAUAUAUAUGUAUGAAUAUCUAGUACUAACUUACUACGAUACAACAAUGCUUACUGCUGUGUUUCAGAUGAAAAAACACAAAUUCUGAAUAGUGUACUGUAAAAACCAUACAUUUCAAUUGCCACCUCUUUAACACGUGUGGCUAUGGGUAGGUUUGCAAAGUGCACAUCAACCAGUCAUUCACCAUAUGAUACAGUACACCAAAUCCCAUGUAGUGUCAGAUACGGCAUAUGUUUGGUCGUGUCUUCUCCUGAAACAUCAAAAUGUCGUGUUCACAAUCAGUAUUUUUGCACAAAUGAAUUAAAAGCACCAAAUUGACCCAGUAAAGGUGAAGCAUUCGUAGUUCCUAAAUUGCACUACUCAGUUGAAGUUGAGUCCAGACACGCACAACUCACUGUCCUUCUAUCUUUGUGUGUUCAUUUGGAUAAACAUGUUUGCUGAUUUGUAUUUAUUGUAAAGUGUAUAAUUUAAACCAAUUACAGUUUGAAGGCUUUCUGUUACAUAAUGAGGUAAAUACGUUGCUUUUUUCUUGACAUCUUUUUGAUAUUUGUUUUAAAAAAAAGGACUCAUGUUUGUCUCAAGGAGGCAGUAGCUGCAAGGUAGCGCACACAGUGUACAUAAGCAGUGUCUUCCAAUGUUUCUAUGUGUUUUUGCAAAUGGACUUGUCUAUUAAAACAUUUCUUUACAUGGAA